GCCAGGCGUGGCUCCGAAUUCAACUUCCUUCCACAAGCAUCAUUACGCUUAAGUAACACCACCAAAAACUUAGGCGACUUCAGGAUUGGUUAUUACUUUGAUGUAACUGAGCACAGAGCAGGAUCUACUUCAGUAUUAUGGCAGAUAAAGGACCUAUUCUGACCUCAAUCAUCAUUUUCUACUUGUCCAUCGGAGCCGCGAUAUUUCAGAUCCUCGAGGAGCCGCAUUUAAAUGCAGCUCUGGAGGAGUAUAAAAACCGCACUGCCGAGUUAUUAAUGAAAUAUCCCUGCUUAAAUAAAGAUGAUUUGGACCAGAUAAUCGAGGUUGUGGCUGCGGCGGCUGGAAGAGGUGUGACUGUAACAGGAGAAAACCAAUUCAACAACUGGAGUUGGGAGAACGCUGUUAUUUUUGCUGCCACAGUCAUCACUACCAUAGGUUAUGGCAAUGUUGCGCCGAAGACAAAUGGAGGCCGUUUAUUCUGUAUCCUGUAUGGGCUCUGUGGCAUUCCUCUUUGCCUCACCUGGAUAAGUGAGCUGGGUACAUUUUUUGGCGGCAGGGCAAAGCGCCUGAGUCAGGUGCUACUCCACAGAGGCCUCACUGUGAAAAAAGUGCAGUUCAUUUGCACAGUUGUAUUCCUUUUAUGGGGUUUCCUGGUUCACUUGAUCUUCCCAGCCGUUGUAUUCAUGGGCUUUGAGGACUGGACUUACUUAGAAGGCCUGUACUUCUCUUUCACCACCUUGACGACUGUUGGUUUUGGUGACUAUGUAGCAGGUGUGAACCCAGAUAUAAAUUACCCAACUCUAUACAGAUUUUUCGUGCAGUUAUGGAUCUGCCUGGGUCUUGCCUGGUUGUCACUGUUCUUCAGCUGGAAUGUGCAUAUGGUGGUCGAGGCACACAAAGUUCUGAAGAAAAGGAGGCUGAGACGCCACAGGCUGCCCAUCGAUGAUGUACCGGAACAAAAAGAAGUAAAAAAAGCCUUCAAGCCGCCACCUCUCUCUGGCGUCAUCGACAUCUUUGAUUUCAUGUCUGAGAAGGUAGAGGACUACAGCGAUGUUAUCCGAGCCAUCGGAGCAGACGAGAGGAGGAAGAAGAAGCAGGAGGAGGAACUGGCACGGUCCAAGAGCUGUAGUGACCUGCUGCGCGCCCUGGUCAUCCCACUCGAUCACUCUCCUCGUCUGAAACGUCGCUUCAGCGUCAGCGCAAACAUGUGCAUGAUCACGUCUGGAGAGUCAACGGAUGGCCUCAACAGCAACAACAACAACCAAGAGGAACAGACACUUCUGAAAGAGCACCAAAGAAAAGAAAUAAAGAGCGAAGAGAAGCCUAGACGUAAUGGAUGGGACUCCCGAAAAUCAGACCCUUCAAUCUUUCAGAGCCCUGUUCAAAGCCCUACCGUUACCACCAGUAAUAGAGGAUCAAGAUUCUCAGUGUCUAAAAUAUCAGAAGACCGUUUAUUAGAGAAGAGAAAAAGCAUUGGUUGAUGAAGAGUCUAAUCUAAAAGGUCAAAAACCAAAAAUGUCUCCGCUUUAAAUCAUUAAUUUUCAGAUGGCUGAGCUGAUACUAUGAGGAGCUUGUGAGGAACUAAGAAGACUUUUCAAAACCAAUGAAUUUUGCUCUGAUACACAGACAGGUGCUUCCUCUACCUAAAUUAAGUUGUAGACGUGUUCAUUGGUUUCCACAGUAUUGAAAAACAGGUCCCGGACUGUGACCAAGAUAAGUAUGUGAGGGUUGGCAGAGGAAAUGAAUUUGAUUUCCUUCACCCACGUUGGAAAGUUUGGGUGUGGUACUGUGGUUUUAACCAUUGGUUUUUCAUUCUUUCUCUGGAUUUAUGUAACCAAAGUGACCGCUUGGAGAAAUCCUUGGAGAAUCCUAGCGUAUUGCUAACUGUGCAGUAUGGACUGAAUAAAGCACUAUUUUUAAAGUAGUCUUCCUAGUUAAAUACAUCCUAAGCUCAUUUGCUACACCACUAGCAAAGGAGUUGGGAUAAUAAUGACAGUUUUCAAACAGGUUUCCCAAACAAUACCCCUGGAUUAGUUAGACAACCAGAAUGUCCCAUCCCAAACUCACGCUAUUGUUUGGGCAAUGUUUUGAUGCCAUCGUAGUGUUUUACACUUGGUCAGAGGCAAUCAAUGUAAUAUUAAGCAGAGAUUGUGUGUUUAUUUGUGUCUAUGCCCAUACGUAGCUGGAAUACAAGGUAUUUUAACAUACAAAAAAAUCACCUUUGAAAAGAGUAUGUGAAACAGUAUGAAAAUAAUACUGCAUUGUUGUCACAUGACCAUAAAAUGGUAGAGUAAAUUCUGGGUGUCUUG